GCGCGCGCGCGCGUGAGUGAGAGGGAGAGAGAGAGAGAGCGCGAGAGACGUUCCGUUAAAGUUGGGACAUGAUUUCGCUGACUCACUGUCAUGGAUUAUGUGAAGCGGUUGGUUGGUUUCCGGGACGAGGAUCUCCCAGUGCGCCCGCUGCUGCUCGUGACUGGAGCUGCAGCCUUAGCGGGAGGAUUAUAUUACACUCAUAGGAAGUGCAGACGUGGAGAGACAACACGUCCCAGCCCGGUCCAGGUGCAGACAGCAUCCAAAGAUAGUUCUUCACUGUAUUCAAGCUUGAUGUCUGAUGGGGUCAGUGUCACACACACUGACACUACCAUCCCUGAGGACCCUCUGGCUGACACUGAGACGAGAUACGAGCAGACGAUGGAGAACAACACUCUCCUAGAGAGUACAGACUACGACCUGAUGUCCAAAGUGACCAAACUGCGAGAGCAGCUCUCUGUGGCCCAGACAAGGUGUGAGGAGCUAAAGAGGGAAAAGGAGCGAGACCACGAGGCUCACCAGAUCCUGGAGGCACAGUGCAAGGAGAUGGAGGAAGCUUUACAAAAGCGUGAUGAGUUAUUGAAGGAGAAGGAGCUAGAGGAGGAGGCUCACCAUGUCCUGGCAUCACUGUUCCAGGAGAUGAGAGAAAAUUUCCAACGCUUCGAGCACGUAGUGGAGGUCAUUCUGGCUCAAACUGAGGAAAACUACAAGGAAGUGAUGGAGUGCUGUGCUCAGGAGAACAAAGAGAGGUCUGAGCUGAUGUCCAAGAUGAACCAACUAGACAAUUCAGUGCAGGAGAUGAGCAACAAGCUCUUGGACGUGCACAAUAAGCAUAUCAAGACAACUCGGGACAUGAUGAAGACCAUGCUCAAUGAGAAGAUUUUAAAUCAUCAAAACGCAUCACUUAGGGCUACUCUGGCUGAACUUGGGAGGGAGUACCAGGGACUGCUGGGCAGCAAUGCUGGUCUGGUGGCUGAUAAGAAUGACCUGAGAGCUGAAGUGCACAGACUGCAAGCCUUAUUGCAGGAUAAAGAGAAAGAGCUCUCUGAGUCUAAAGAAAGAUGUGAUGAGAUGAUGAGGGUCUCUCUGGCUGAUGCUGAGAGGAAAUACCAGGAAGCCAUGGAGUCCAAUGCUCAGCUGGAGAAAGAGAAGUCUGAGCUGAUGUCCAAGGUGGCCCAACUAGAAGUUUCAGUGAAGGAGUUUAAGCCCGAGUUCUUCGAGGUGCACAGUGAGCGUGUCGAGACAACAUAGAACAUGCUCAAGAAAAAAAAUCUGGGGAAAAAAGUCAACAGACUGCAAGUCUUACUACUAAUUCUAUGAUCUGGAGAAAGAGCUCUCUAAGACCACUGGAAGGUGUAAUGAGAAUAACACAGCCGGUCAUCAUGGAAGCGGAUCUGAUCGGUGCAAAUGGCUAGAACACAUCAAGCAAACAAGCUUUCUUUGUGUGUGCGAGCAGAUAAAGGAAAACAUUUAAAAUCAGAC